AAUACAGUUAAAAAAAAAUGUUUUUGUGGACUUUUUUUUAACCUCCCUGAGGUAUUCCCAAGUGUAGCUCGGGGUAAAGUUUCAGCACCACAAGCGGUAACCCCGAGCUACACUCGGGAAUACCCUGCAGCCUUGCUCCGGGAUCUUUUCUGCACUUACCUUGUCCUGCCCUCCCGCGAUGUCCCCCCUGCAGUGUCCCCGGCAAUGUCCUCCGGCCGAUGCCGGCAUCUGUCUUCCAAGUUCCAUUCCCUGCGACGUCAGGACCUACAAGGUCGGAACUGGCGGGAAAUUUAGAACAUUUUAAAAGUGACAUUCACUAAAAUCACUAAAAUCACAUAGUAUAACAUUACUGUAUCAAACCAUUUCACAUACAU